CUCAUCCUCCGCUACGCCUCCUUCAACUCCCCCGCCGCCUCCCGCCGCCUCUUCGACCUCACCGUCCCUUAUUCCCGCACCGCCUUCCUCCACAACACUCUCAUCAGAGCCUUCUCCAUCGCUCAAUUCGACGAUCGCUUCCGGACUUACAAUCACAUGGUCCGCACCGGCGUCCGCCUCGACGAUCACACCUUUCCGUUCGUCUUCAAAGCCUGUUCGGAUUCCAUGGAGGUCAAGAAGGGGCUGGAGGUUCACGGCGUAGUGGUUAAGCUAGGGUUUGAUUCGGAUGUUUACGUAGGGAACACGCUUCUUUCGUUUUACGGCAACUGCGGGAAACUAGGGGACGCACGGAAGGUGUUUGAUGAAAUGCCUGAGAGAGAUGCGGUGUCGUGGAACACGAUUAUUCGGGUUUUUGCAGUGAAUGGGGGAUAUGUUGAGGCCUUGCAUUGUUACAGGGAGAUGAGUUUGGGGGUUUGGUGUAGGCCGAAUGUUGUUAGUGUUGUUAGUGUGUUGCCGGUUUGCGCUGAGCUUGCGGAUGAGGUGAUGGCGGUGCAGAUACAUUGCUAUGUUGUGAAGUCGGGGUUGGGUACGCAGGUGACUGUUGGAAAUGCGUUGGUGGAUGUGUAUGGGAAGUGUUGGAAUGUGAAGGCGUCGAAGCAGGUAUUUGAUGAGAUGAGUGAGAGGAAUGAGGUUUCGUGGAAUGCAGCGAUUACUGGUCUUUCUUAUGUGGGGAAUAAUGCAGGAGCAUUGAAGAUGUUUAGGUCGAUGAUUGAUGUAGGGGUUAAGCCGAACUCUGUCACCAUUUCCAGCAUGUUGCCAGUUUUGGUGGAACUAGAGUUAUUUGGGGUUGGUAAAGAACUCCAUGGUUUCUGUGUAAAAAUGGGUAUUGAAUCAGAUGUUUUUAUUGCCAACUCGUUAAUUGAUAUGUAUGCCAAAUCAGGCCAUUCGUAUGAGGCAUCCAAUGUGUUCCGAGAGAUGGAUGAAAGGAAUAUUGUUUCUUGGAAUGCCAUGAUUGCUAAUUUUGCUCAAAACAGGCUUGAGUUGGAAGCAGUUGGACUUGUGAGACAAAUGCAAGCUGAUGGUGAAAUUCCCAAUUCUGUCACCAUCACAAAUCUUCUUCCCGCUUGUUCAUGGUUGGGUUCACUUCGGCUUGGGAAAGAAAUUCAUGCAAGGACAAUUCGCAUGGGAUCUGUCUCUGAUUUGUUUGUCUCUAAUGCUCUGACAGACAUGUACGCAAAAUGUGGCUGGCUAGAUCUUGCUCGAAAUAUCUUUAACAUUUCCCUUAGAGAUAAGGUGUCCUACAACACACUGAUAAUUGGUUAUUCCCAGACAACAGAUUGCUCUGAAUCUCUAAGUUUGUUUUCAGAAAUGAAGCAGGUGGGCAUGAUGCAUGACACUGUUUCAUUUGUGGGAGUUAUAUCAGCUUGCACAAAUCUGACCGCUAUCAAGCAAGGCAAAGAGAUUCAUGGAUCUGUAAUAAGAAAUCUUUUUGACUGUCAUCUCUUUGUUGCAAACUCACUUUUGGAUUUCUAUACCAAAUCUGGCCGGAUUGAUCUUGCUACUAAGGUCUUUGACCGCAUUCCCAAUAAGGAUGUAGCCUCUUGGAAUACUAUGAUUUUGGGAUAUGGAAUGCUAGGUGAGCUUGACACUGCAAUCAGUUUCUUUGAAGCAAUGAGGGAAGAUGGUGUAGAAUAUGAUUCAGUUUCAUACAUUGCAGUUUUGUCAUCUUGUAGUCAUGGAGGGUUAGUUGAAAAGGGCAAAAGAUACUUUGAGGGGAUGCUGGCACAAAAUAUCGAGCCUACACAACAGCACUACGCUUGCAUGGUUGAUCUCCUUGGCCGAGCUGGCCUCAUGGAAGAAGCAAUAAAACUUAUUAAUGGCAUGCCAAUUGUACCAGAUGCCAACAUUUGGGGUUCUUUACUUGGGGCAUGUCGAAUCCAUGGGAAUAUAGAAUUGGCGAGUUGGGCAGCCGAGUAUCUAUUUAAGUUAAAACCUGACCAUUGUGGGUACUAUAUACUGCUUUCUAACAUGUUUGCAGAAGCAGGUAGAUGGGAAGAUGUAAAGAGGGUGAGGGAAUUGAUGAAAUCAAGGGGAUUGAAGAAAAAUCGUUCUUACAGCUGGGUUCAGAUUCGAGAUGAAGUCCAUGCUUUUGGAGUUGGAGAGAGACUGGAGAGACUGAAUUCAGAUUGCUUGCUGGCAGAAUCCUAA